UAAAAUCUGAAAAUGUAAGGCUCCAUGAGACCGCACGGUGGCGCUGCAGGUUAAGAAGACAGGGCAUAGAAAUUGCUUCUGUAAUUCCCCUGUCGGGGCCAGUUUCUCACCGCCUAGAAGCAAAAGGUGUGCCUUUUUCAGCCAAAGCACAGGCGAGUGUGAAACCUUAAAUAUUCUAUUGGGAGGCUUGAUUGUGACGUUCUGGACUGUGAGAUAGUGCUGCCAGGAUCCUGGGCAUUUGCGAAGCUACUGCGAAGCUGAGGAAAGAGCCAUGGAGGCUGCAUGGAUGCGCAAUCUGAGACAAAGGCAAGUCCUGGCUUUCUUUGUUUUGCUGAGUGUGUCUGGGGCAGGGGCAGAACUGGGUCCCUAUUUCAUAGAGGAAGAAACAGAGAGGGGCUCCUUUGUGGCAAAUCUUGGGAAAGAUCUGGGGGUGGAGCUGGCAGAGAUAUCCAGCCGGAGGGCUCGGAUCAUUUCCCAGGAAAACAAAGAGCAUUUGCAGCUCAACGUUCAAUCUGGAGAUUUGCUCAUAAAUGAGAGACUGGACCGAGAGGAGCUGUGUGGCCCCAUUGAGCCUUGUGUUCUGCAUUUCCAAGUGUUAAUGGAAAACCCUUUAGAGAUAUUUCAGGCUGAACUGAGGGUGACGGACAUAAACGACUAUUCUCCAGUGUUCAGUGAAAGAGAAAUGAUACUGAGGAUACCAGAAAACAGUGCUCGGGGAAAUACAUUCCCUUUAAACAAUGCUCUGGACUCAGACGUAGAUAUCAACAAUAUCCAGACCUAUAGGCUCAGCUCAAACUCUCAUUUCCUGGUUGUAACCCGCAACCGCAGUGAUGGCAGGAAGUACCCAGAGCUGGUGCUGGAGAAAGAACUGGAUCGAGAGGAGGAACCUGAGCUGAGGUUAACGCUGACAGCUUUGGAUGGUGGCUCUCCUCCCCGGUCUGGGACGACACAGGUCCUCAUUGAAGUAGUGGACACCAACGAUAAUGCACCCGAGUUUCAGCAGCCAACAUACCAAGUGCAAACUCCCGAGAACAGUCCAACCGGCUCUCUGGUACUCACAGUCUCAGCCAAUGACUUAGACAGUGGAGACUAUGGGAAAGUCUUGUACGCACUUUCGCAACCCUCAGAAGAUAUUAGCAAAACAUUCGAGGUAAACCCUGUAACCGGGGAAAUUCGCCUACGAAAAGAGGUGAAUUUUGAAACUAUUCCUUCGUAUGAAGUGGUUAUCAAGGCCACGGACGGGGGAGGUCUCUCAGGAAAAUGCACUCUGUUACUGCAGGUGGUGGACGUGAAUGACAAUGCCCCAGAAGUGAUGCUAUCUGCGCUAACCAACCCAGUCCCAGAAAAUUCCCCCGAUGAGGUAGUGGCUGUUUUCAGUGUUAGAGAUCCUGACUCUGGGAACAACGGAAAAGUGAUUGCAUCCAUCGAGGAAGACCUGCCCUUUCUUCUAAAAUCUUCAGGAAAGAACUUUUACACUUUAGUAACCAAGGGAGCACUUGACAGGGAAGAAAGAGAGCAAUUGAACAUCACCAUCACAGUCACUGACCUGGGCAUACCCAGGCUCACCACCCAACACACCAUAACAGUGCAGGUGGCAGACAUCAACGACAAUGCCCCCUCCUUCACCCAAACCUCCUACACCAUGUUUGUCCGCGAGAACAACAGCCCCGCCCUGCACAUAGGCACCAUCAGCGCCACAGACUCAGACUCAGGAUCCAAUGCCCACAUCACCUACUCGCUGCUACCGCCCCAAGACCCACAGCUGGCCCUCGACUCCCUCAUCUCCAUCAAUGUAGACAACGGGCAGCUGUUCGCGCUCAGGGCGCUAGACUAUGAGGCUCUGCAGGGCUUCGAGUUCCAUGUGGGCGCCACAGACCAAGGCUCGCCCGCGCUCAGCAGCCAGGCUCUGGUGCACGUGGUGGUGUUGGACGACAAUGACAAUGCGCCCUUCGUGCUCUACCCGCUGCAAAACGCCUCUGCACCCUUCACUGAGCUGCUGCCCAGGGCGGCAGAGCCUGGAUACCUGGUUACCAAGGUGGUAGCUGUGGACCGCGACUCUGGCCAGAAUGCCUGGCUGUCAUUCCAGCUGCUCAAGGCCACGGAGCCCGGGCUGUUCAACGUAUGGGCGCACAAUGGCGAGGUACGCACCUCCAGGCUGCUGAGCGAGCGCGACGCACCCAAGCACAAGCUGCUGCUGUUGGUCAAGGACAAUGGAGAUCCUCCACGCUCUGCCAGUGUUACUCUGCACGUGCUAGUGGUGGAUGCCUUCUCUCAGCCCUACCUGCCUCUGCCAGAGGUGGCGCACGACCCUGCACAAGAAGAAGAUGCGCUAACACUCUACCUGGUCAUAGCUUUGGCAUCUGUGUCUUCUCUCUUCCUCUUGUCUGUGCUGCUGUUCGUGGGGGUGAGGCUCUGCAGGAGGGCCAGGGCAGCCUCUCUGAGUGCCUAUUCUGUGCCUCAAGGCCACUUUCCUGGCCAGCUGGUGGAUGUCAGAGGUAUGGGGACCCUGUCCCAGAGCUACCAGUAUGAUGUAUGUCUGAUGGGGGAUUCUUCUGGGACCAGCGAAUUUAACUUCUUAAAGCCAGUUCUGCCUAGCUCUCUGCACCAGUGCUCUGGGAAAGAAAUAGAGGGAAAUUCCACACUCCAGAAUAGUUUUGGGUUUCAUCAUUAAUAGAAAACUACUUUACAGAUAUUUAAUUCCAAAUAUCAUCUUGUUGAUUAACUAAAGUCUGUUCACAUGUAGCUAGCUAGCAACGAUUUUAAUGUUCACUUUACCCAUCUUUUUUCAGGGUCAUGUCUAAAGCUACAAGUUUGGCUUUACUUAUACUUGUCGCACAGAAUUUUCCAUGAGGUCUCAGAAAACAAAAAGGGUUUAUCAGCAGUUUAUGUGUUCACUAAAACUUUUCUACCACUUUGUUUUUCUUCCUCAUUAUCUCUCCCUGUUUUAUGUAAGUGUUCUGUUUGUAGACUUCUUGAAUUACUAAAAUGCUGUAUUGUGCAUUAUUUACAUAUAUAAUAGUUGGUAUUUCUGUAUUUCCUUUCUAUACUGACAGUCUCAUUGAAUUGCCACUUUUGAUUUUAUUAUAUAUAAUUGUUGUCUUAAGCUAUGCUAAUAUUUUACAGUUUUGUUUCCUUGUUUAUAUAUCUUGAUUUAAAAAUCUAUUUCUGUCAUAAGUAAUACAAGUAUCUAGUUAACCUAAAAAUAAGAGUAGUAUUGUAAGAUAUUGAGAUCGUGUAGAUGUGUCUUAAUUUUUGAGAAUCAAGGCAAUUUUGGCAUUCUAAGGCAUCAAAUAGAAGUUUUUCAAUUUUUCUUUUAAUUCUUCGUGAAAACUAGGAGGUAGGCAUUAAACUUUUGACGUCUUACAAUCCAGCCACAGUCUUUUGAAUAAACAGUGUAUAUUUAUCUUCAA